CUGAAUUCCAAGGCUACUUUGAAUGAAUACGUCCAGAUCCUGCCCUUGCCCAAAUUCAACAGUGACCUCUCCGAAGGGACUCCCUGCAGCGUGGCAGGAUGGGACUGGGUUUACAAAGGCUGGUCACCAAAUGUCACUAUCUUUGGCCGUAGUCGGUGCAAGAGGUUGUAUCAUUACUAUUACAAUUACGGGAAUGUCUGUUCCAGGAGACAGAACAAGAAUGUUUUCAAGGUGAGAGCCAGCAGAAGCAGUGAGUGGGAGGAUCAGAGGUUGGGGAUCCUUCUGAGGGAUUAUUCUCUCCAGCAAAAUAGACAAGGGCAGAUACCAGUCUACUUACACCUGGCCUGACCAACCCAGCGGCUUCAUAGAAUGUCUGCCAAUCCCCAGGGGUGGAUGUCGAACGAUACCCUUCACUUCUGUCCUUUACAGGCGCUCCAAGGGUCCCCCAAAGUGAAGCUGGAGUUAUUUAGGCUUGCAUCCUGCUAAGGGCUCCUGCACAACUCCUCUUGUCCCGCUGCUUUUCCAGGAGAAAACCGCUCUGUGGAGCUGAAUCAGGGCAAACAAGAAAGGAGUUUUCUGCAGAUUGCUGUUUCUUCCGGUUUAGAGCUAAAGAGCUGGUUUUCCCUGGGAAAGGAGUGGGCAAGUGGGAAACUGCUCAGACGGGACAAGCGAGCCCUAAGUCCUACUGACAGCAGACCCACUGAAAUCAACACUCAUUGUGUAUCAUAGUAUUAUGGGAUGCCACCCUAGGUCCGGUCCUCCUUUUAAACACAAGCAGAGCUGAUUUAUGCUUUCUGAACUUAUAGCGGAACUGAAAAUUGGUUAUCUUUUAUAAUGGCCGAAUAGUUCUCCACUCAAAUAAUAUUUACAUAAAGGAAUGCAUUAGCAGGAAGAGCACCUAUACAGUGGUACCUCAGGUUAAGUACUUAAUUCGUUCCGGAGGUCCGUACUUAACCUGAAACUGUUCUUAACCUGAAGCACCACUUUAGCUAAUGGGGUCUCCUGCUGCUGCUGCUGCGCCGCCGGAGCCCGAUUUCUGUUCUCAUCCUGAAGCAAAGUUCUUAACCUGAAGCACUAUUUCUGGGUUAGCAGAGUCUGUAACCUGAAGCAUAUGUAACCUGAAGCGUAUGUAACCCGAGGUACCACUGUAAAUGCAUAUAUUGGUAAAACUGAUGUACAAAAAUGCAUUUGAUUAGAAAGACAUUGCUCUCCAAAAUCAAUAUAUUAGGGGAAAUGUCCACCAAGAUCUCCACUCAGAAUUGAAGGAUCCAACCAACAGGAACCUGGCUGAUUGCCCUGGUUCAAGCACCAGAGUUUGCCACGAGGUGGAUCCAAAUCUUCCCCCAGCUGCCAUGUCUUAUCUCUCUCUUCUCUCCACAGGGGAUCACGGGUGGCCCCUUGGUGUGCAAUGGUGUGGCAGAAGGAAUCAUCUUGUAUCGCUAUCCUGGAAUUUACACCCGCAUCUCCCACUACCUUCCAUGGAUCAAGAGAACCAUGAAUCUGUGA